AUGGAUCCCAACGAACAACCUCCCCAGAGCGGGCCAGACGAUACCCCAGAUAAAGAUCAUGCAAGUCUCAAAUCCUCAUAUUCAACAAUUAAUACUGCACCUAUGCGAGCACGCCGUAUCGCCAUGCUGAGCAACAUAGCGCGCAAACCCAACGAGUCGUCCGACCAAGCUUCGGCUUCCUCGUCAUCAACACCAGCACCCAAACCACAAGCUUCCGAGCCCGCUGCCCCUAAGAAACCAACAAUCAACGUGACGCCGGCUGCGAAGCCAGCACAGUCGAGCCCAAAUCCCUUCACACAACUUGGUGUACAAAACACCAAGGCAGCUGGAGACGAAUCGAGCUCUACAGGUACUUCCCGUCCUUCUCGCAAACGGUCCGCACCUGAUGUUGACGACGCCGAUUCAGCAUCCGCCCCCCGUAAACCAACUCCGCAACCAGCCCAGCAGCAGCAACAGCAAAAAACAGAGACCGACGAGGACUAUGCACAUCGUGUGCUGUCACAAAUCUUCCGUGUUUCCGUUGAUCCACACCACAUGACCAACCCGCAAGGUCAACGCUUGGUCUUCCUGCCCAGCUUGAACCAAGAGCUAAACGAUUCGGGAGAAGCGUUGAAGUUGUCCAUCGGCACCUUGGAUCAAGCCAUAAUAGAGGCUUGUAGCAACUGGGCCUUGAAUAAGCCUCUUUUUGAGUAUCUGCUGCCGUGUUGGAAACGAGCCGUCAAGGCUUCCACCACUGCUGCCAAGAAUGUUACGCCAUCAAGGCAAGAGAUUCUAGAAGAGGCCAAGAGGCUUUGUAUGAGCAAUUGUCUGUUUGCCUUGACCAUGCCGGCACUUUAUGGGCGAGACCCGAAUCCCCAACAUGAUACGUUGGUGCCAUAUUUGUUAAAGGGUAUUCAGGAUGAUGGUGGCCUUUGCUUUGACUUCAUCAGAGAAGCUACAAAGCGUUUUGACGACGAUGAAGCCUUUCCUGCUCUCUUUAAUGAUGCCAUGGUUAACAUAAGCUCUCAGCUCUCUGCCUUGUCACUGGGUGAUGAUUAUAAGCCCUAUGUUCAGGCCCUUCUCAUAUAUACUCGUUUUCCAAUCCUCAUCACCAAUCUCGCCCAACAUCCUUGCUUCAACAUGGCGCAAUCUGCGCAUAAUAUUGAGAGACACACUAUUUUAGGCCCCUUCUUCCGCAUCUCUCCCCUCCAACCGGACGCUAUCAAGAGCUACUUCCCCGGAGCACGAUCUCUUGAUAAAGUUCGAAUCGCCAACGCUCAAGAAUCAUUAAGAAUAGUUCUGAGAGCGCAUCAAGACGACUUGUUCGUAAUCGCAAAUGCCUUUAUCCGUGCUGGCCCUGACACGAGGAGUCGGACGCUCGACUGGUUUGCGUACAUCAUGAACACGAACCACAAGCGAAGAGCCAUGCAGGUUGACCCUAGAGAAGUUGCCUCAGAUGGUUUCAUGCUCAAUGUGACGACCAUCAUGGACCGAUUUUGCGAACCUUUCAUGGAUAACGACUUUAGCAAGGUGGACAAGAUUGAUGCGCGCUACUUCAGGAGGCAACCACGCGUUGACAUCACAGAUGAGACCAAGCUAAAUGCGGAUCAAGCCACCGCCGAUAAAUACUACUCCGAAAAGGUCGAAGGAGACUCCAACUUCAUAUCGGAGGCUUUUUUCCUCACACUAGCAGCGCAUCAUUAUGGAAGCGAAGCCCUGAAUUCACAGCUCAAGAACCUGGAUCGUGAGAUUAAGUACCUGGACAAGCACAUCAAAGCAAUGGAGGCUGAACGCCCUAAACUGAUCAAUUCCCCCCAACUUCGACUGUUUGAGGAAACCUUGAAACGACACACGAACGUAUUGGAGAAGACGAUUGCACUGAAGUAUUCAAUAGAGGGCGCAUUGCUCGACGAGAGGAUGCAGAGCACGUCACUACGGUUCAUGCGCUACGUAGCCGUUUGGCUCCUACGGCUGGCCACAGGCUCCAAUUAUAAACCUGGCCUAGAGUCUCAAAUGAUCAAAUUACCCUUAUCCGAGGACAACUCGGAGGUGUUUGCCUGUCUCCCCGAAUAUACCUUGCAAAAUAUCGUAGACAAUUUCAAGUUUGUCUUUAGAUUCCUGCCAAAAAUUCUCCCAAGUGCUGUUGGCGAGGAAAUGAUUGCAUUGUGUAUCACUUUUCUUCGAUCAUCUGAAUUUAUCAAGAACCCGUACCUCAAAUCCUCUCUAGUUUCACUAUUAUUCUACGGGACAUGGCCGUUUAUGCACCUGAAAAAGGGAGUCUUGGGCGACCAGCUGAUGGCACUCCCAUUCGCUAACGAGUAUCUCCUGCACUCCCUGAUGAAGUUUUAUAUUGAAUGCGAGUCUACCGGGGCCAACACUGCCUUUUAUGACAAAUUUAACAUUCGAUAUGAAAUCUUCCAGGUUAUCAAGUGCGUUUGGAGCAACGAUGUUUACAAACAGCAGCUGACGCGGGAAAGCAAGACUAACCGCGAUUUCUUCGUACAAUUUGUAAACAUGUUGCUCAACGAUGCCACCUAUGUCUUGGAUGAGGCUUUUACUAAGUUCCCCAAGAUCAGAAGUCUCGAGCGAGAACUCGAGAACCCUUCACUCUCAGCCGAGGACCGGCAAAAGAAGGAAGAGGAGCUGCAAACACUGGGUGGUCAGGCUACCUCGUACAUGCAGCUUGCCAACGAAACCUUGGAGAUGAUGAAGUUGUUUACCAAAGCCCUUAGUGACUCCUUUACCAUGCCUGAAAUCGUCUCCCGAUUAGCGAGCAUGUUGAACUACAACCUGGAGACAUUGGCCGGGAAAAAGGCUGCAGCAGAGCUAUCCGUCUCUAACAAGGACAAAUACCAUUUCCGUCCCAUCCAACUGAUUUCCGACUUUGUCGACAUAUACCUCCACCUCGGCUACUCAAAAGUCUUUGUGGAUGCCGUCGCAGCAGAUGGUCGAUCCUAUAAACCCGAAGUGCUCGACCGUGUCACCCGUAUUCUAUCCUCCAAGAAUGCCAAAGACCCCGCCGAAUUAGCAAGGUGGGAAAAAGUUAAAACCAUGUUUGCGGAUGCCAAACUCGAACUGGACCAGGCAGAGCUUGAUCUGGGCGAUAUCCCGGCUGAGUUUGAGGAUCCCAUCAUGGGUGAACUGAUGAAGGACCCCGUGCUUCUACCUAGCCGUCACAUUGUAGAUAGAUCGACUAUUGUGCAGCAUUUACUGAGCGACGCCAAGGAUCCGUUUACACGACAGCCCAUGACCAUUGAUGAUGCUAUUCCGCAGGCGGAUCUGAAGGAGAGGAUUGAUAGAUGGAGAGAGGAAAGGAUCAAGAUUGCAAAGGACAAGGUUGCUGCUACUGCUGGCAGCGGGGAGGAGCAGCAAAUGGAUACUUCGGAGGGUUAA